CGCCAAACCCGUCUCUCUCCAAAACCUCAGCCAGUUCUUUGCCAACCCGCCGUUUUCGAUUUUUACACGGGAUGCUAUAUAAUAACCACCAGCUGCCUUGAUGCAGAAUAAUUAGCUUGGCCUUGUCAGAGACCCGCGACCAUGAGCGAUGGUCCGCUGACAUCCACGGCCGCACGGUAUCAGGGAGGUCGGGGUCCAAGCAAUGCUGAUGAUGGAAUACGCGCCUUGUCACAAGCUCGCCUGGCCAGGGCUAGACGGAAGGAUAAGCUGCGACACAAUCCAGGCUUGAAGAAGAAGCUGGCUUUUGUUACACACCUGCUAAAGUCGCUUGACCUGCUCGUCUUCGCCGAGUUAAGCGCAAUGUAUUAUAUGGAGUGCUCAAUUAUCCUCCUCCUCCUUCGCGCGGCCGGCCAAUACAUAUACUUGAGUCCGAAAGACGAAGCGUUCCCUUUCCUCAUGCCAGCCAGCAGAGUCCAAGUGCUGUUUGUGGCCAUACCAAAUAUAAUAUGCAUCUUUUCACAUCUCUUCUACCCUCUCCCGAAGGGUCCCGAUUAUCAUCGAGGAUAUCAACACGGAGGUCUCAUUAUCGACUUCGUCGGUCAGAAUCCGCCCAAGUCAAGGACAUACUACCUCUUAGCCGACUUAUUAUUACUGGCCCUACAAUGCCUAAUGUUGACAAUCCAUUCCGAUCGAGAAAAGUUACGUUUGCAUCUCAAGACAUUCAAACCUCUUCUGCCAGAUCUAGCACAGGAUGUCACUGCCGGCCGCACCUUGGAAGACUUGGAUGCGGAAGAACGAGGCGUCGUAGCGUCAAGGAUGGGGCCAGAAGGCGAGACCGAGACCGAUAUUGAACUACAACCUCUUAAUCCAUCUUCGGGAGAAACUGGGGACGAUACUCGGACGGGUGCUCAAGGCAGAUCAAGACAAGAAGAAGAAGGAGAAGACGGCACCAACACUCGAACACACCUAUCCGACAUCAUGAAUUCCGGCAAUGGUUUGCUGGGCGAAUAUCAUGUCAUACACUCUGUAAAACAUGCUACAUCAUAUAUACCCCGAAAUGCGGCACAAGCUUUUCAAAACCUGAGUUAUAGUUCCACCUUGGCAGCAUUACAAGCACGGCGCCGUGGGGGCUCUUGAACCAUAGACUUAUUUAGACAACCUGUACAUAUUAUGCAUAAAUUGGAUUCGCUUAAAGGACUAUAUCUAUAUACACGUACAUCAAUCAUUUAUGCAAUUUUUCUUCCGACAUUACCAACGCCUGUUCCCUUGACAGAAAUAAUAAUGUCUCCAGAGUCAUCAGAUUCAACAUCUCUCAAACCCCAGCUGCUAGCUCCAAACGUUCGUAGGUCUCUGGCCAAGUCGACCAUGUCUUCCGUGCCGAGGACGUCUCGACCUAUUCUAACACGGCCUACAUCCUCUGAACCCAUGGCCAUCAAAAUAAGAAUGCUGCUAGCAGAUGAUUGCGUGACGCAUCCACCUUUUGAUAUCGUCUCAAGCAAUUGGUAUGCGCAUCGCUUGCCAAUUUCUUCAGGCACCUCACCACCACCCGGGGGGACUACAACAUCUGCUGAGUAUAUGACGCCGGUUGCGUUUGAUUCUGCAACCAAGCUCAGGCCGUAACCAAUACCUAGGCGGCGCUUGCUGCCAGCUUUAUCGCCAGUCGAGACCAAAGGUGCUUGGUCGUAUUGCGCAGCAAUGUGAAUAUCGGUGGAAAAGGCGUUGAGUACUUCACGAGCAGAGUGAAUCAUGCGGCCAUUGUUGGACGCAGAGACACCAGUGCUGUAUGCCACACCUCGGAUGCGCUUGAUGCGGCCGGGGCUGCGGUUAAGGUGCAGUGUUUUGGGAAGACGGACUUGACUGGCAAAUCGCAUCUCGACAAUACCGCCGCCACCCUUGCCUCCGGGUCCCGCGCACGAACGCUGUAGCACUCUCAACUCAAUUCGGGCGGGUGGGAUGCCGAAUAGGCCGAAUAGCGGAAGAAUUGCCGUUCUGAAUGUGUCGAUGGAUACGUCGCCUGUCUCUGUCGCUGAUGUGAUUACGCCGGGGCCUGAGAAUCGAAUGUUCAUAUGCGCCUUUGCAAAAGGUGCCAACAGGCAAAGCGGCAUGAGAAAAUAUGUAAUGCCUCUGGUGAUGUUGGUAGGCAGUUGGUGUUCGAUAAUGUCACCCUCUGCAGCUCCUUGACCGGGAAUUGUUCCGGUGAUCAAGCCAGGAUGGUAUGUGAUUGUCGUACCAGUGUAUGAAAUCUGCAUUGAGCUACCGUUUGUAACUGCUUCGAGUAAUCGGAGGAACGAAACAUCAUGGGGAGCGAGACCCGGGUUGGUAGGUGAUGUGCUGCGGAUCUUGGAGAUGUGAAUAGGUCGGCCGGUAAGCGUUGAGAGUGUGAGUCGUCUCGCAAAGGACCGGUGGCCCAUAAAGCGGAGGAAUUCGCUCUGAUUAUCGCCCAUUCUUUUCCUGAUUUUAUUGGUGACUAUGCUCUUGG